CUUUUCCCUGUUUAGCCUAAUGGGCAUGUCGUGCGGCAUUUGGUGUUCUUUGUAGCAGCAACAGUCGUACUCCACCCCAGAAUUCCAUUCGGCUCUUGCUUUCACAUCCUGCUAUCUCUGAUAACUCAUAUUCGCACUUCGCUGCUUCAACUUCUUCCAUCAUCAAAGGCUCAAGCAAAACCUUUCUUAUUUUCAGGAAUGGCAAUGGUAGAAACUAUGAAUUUAAUAUCUCAAAACGUUGCUUUUAAAAAUCGUUGUGACAAGAAGAAAAGGGUGGAAGUCGAUGAGCGUCCACUUCAUGAUGGCAAUGAACAAACCCAAGAGAUGAAAACCUCUGAUGCUGUAGACACUGGAAGCCACCGGAAAAGGAAGAAGCAUAGCAAGGGAUUAAAAUCCGAGGAGGAGGAGGAAAUUAAGAGGCUUGAAAAUGUCUUGUUCGGCUCCUUACACUCUCCUCUUGAAUAUGGAAAUGAAGAGGCUGACAAAGAUUCUUCAUUGUUUGUUGUGGACCGAAUUGGAAACAGUUCAUUGACUCCUUACGAACGUGAUGAAACAGAAAUGUCAGAUGAAAGAAGUGAUGAUGAGGAGGGGAUUAAGGAACGCAAACCAGUCUGGAUAGACGAAGAAGAGGAGAAGACCAGCAUAAACUUGGCUGGAGUAAACAGAUUGAGGAAGCUAAGGAAGGAAGAAGACGAGACUGUAGUUUCUGGGUCCACAUAUGUGGCCCGAUUGAGAGCACAACAUGCUAAGCUGAACCCCGGGACUGAGUGGGCCCGACCCGAUUCACAGAGAAGAAGAAGCUUAUUAUCAGAUGAUGAAGAUUCUGAUCUAGAAAACGGAGAUAUCCUUCGUACGAAUGAAGAACUUGUUGUGAAAAGCAACACAAAGCUGUUACCGGGAAUUCUAGAACAUUCUAGACUGGUUGAUGCAAACAGAAAAGAGUAUUCAAACAGUCCUAUAAACUCUGUACAGUUCCACAGGAACAGCCAGCUUCUUCUUGUUGGGGGAUUGGACAAAAGGCUCCAAUUCUUUCAAGUUGAUGGGAAAGAGAACACCAAAAUACAAACCGUCUUCAUUGAAGACUGCCCAAUUAAAAAGGCAGUUUUUUCACCCGAUGGAUCUCAAGUUAUCAUAUCCGGUAGACGAAAGUUCUUUUAUGCCCUUGACUUGGUCAAGACAACAGUGGAUAAUAUCGGGCCUCUGGUUGGCAGAGAGGAAAAAAGCUUGGAAAGCUUUGAGGUAUCUCCCGAUUCUGACAUGAUCGCAUUUCUAGGCAACGAAGGGUAUAUUUUGUUAGUGUCCCUCAAAACGAAAGAACUAGUUGGUACCCUAAAGAUGAAUGGCACAGUUCGGUCAUUAGCUUUCACCAAUGAUGGACAACAGUUAUUGAGUUCUGGUGGAGAUGGCGAGAUUUACCAUUGGGACUUGAGGAAAAGGGCUUGUUUUCACAAAGGUGUUGAUGAAGGCUGCAUAACUGGCACUUCUCUUUGUGCUUCGCCAAAUGGGGCACUAUUUGCAGCCGGUUCAGACAGUGGGAUUGUGAAUUUGUACAACAGGGUGGAUUUCUUGGGAGGAAAGAAGAAACCCAUGAAGAGAAUUGAGAAUCUCACCACCAAAGUUGAUUAUAUGAAGUUCAAUGCGGACUCUCAGAUACUUGCUAUAUGUUCAAGCAUGAAAAAGAACAGUUUGAAACUAGUACACAUUUCUUCAUGCACGGUUUUCUCAAAUUGGCCUCACCCAAACCAAUUGCUGCAUUAUCCGAGGUGUUUGGAUUUCAGUCCUCACAGUGGGUUUAUGGCCUUGGGAAAUGCCAAAGGGAAAGUUUUGCUAUAUAAGUUGCAUCAUUAUCAUCAUGCAUAAUUAUUUGCUUGAAUGUCAUACUGUUUUUCAAAGCUUAUACGUUGCCAUGUGGAGAUGUGGCUGUUUGUAUGCAAAAGGAGCACCACCCACCUUCAUGGCUUCAUGUGAUGAUAUUGUAGUGAGGAUUUUGAUUAUGGUUUGGCUUUUCUGUUAUUGUUUCUGACCCAUUGCAAGUUCUUCUAGAUAUAACUUUUAGUGCAUUAGAGAAAUCUGAACAGUUAUUUCCAAACGGCUGUUGAUCAAGAUGAAGUAACUAUAACUAUAAUUUAAAGCUGAUCUCCAAACGGCUGUCCAGGCCCAUCCCAUCAAAUUCGGGUCAUUUAUGUCCAAUUUGGAUUUGGCUGAAAGAGAGUUGCUGACAUUCUAUGCAAGUUGGAACCAGUGGGAGGUGCUCACUUGAGCAACUUCAUGACCAUGUUUGUUUGUUUGUUUUCUAUAAAUUGUUUUUUAGUUAUUGAAGUUUUUGCUGAAAGGACAAAUGAAAGAAAUGGCAACCACCUUUAGGGCGGCUUGAAACAUUUUGAAUGAAUUGGUUUCAUUCAGUGGUGUCCAUCAGCUGGUUGCAAGGAUGAGAGGGGUUUCAACAGCAUUUCAACUUGGGCAGAUUCAUCAAUCAUUACAAAUUUACAAUUAUUUUGGGCGCGUAUGUGGGUAAGCAAGGCAGCUGAUUGGCAAUGGAAAGAAAGGUUGGUGGGACCCAUUUAAAUAAAAUAUCUUUAUUUUUAAGUGAUUAUAACUUUAUUAUUUUUUAUCCAAUAUUACAAAAACAUAUCACAGUUCAUAAUUUGUUAUGAUCUUUCAUAUGACAUUCAUAUGAUACCAUUAAUUGCAUAUAUAAUUUUUUUGAAAAAAUGAAGGUCAUAUGAUGUCCAAUUGAAAAUUCAAAAUUUUAUAUCUCCUAAAAUAGGUACAUGUGAAUUUUGAUAUAUUUUUUGUUACUCUAAGCAUGGAUCUGGGAAAAAUAAAUUUGAUUGGAAACAUAAUUUUGAGUUUUGAUAUUUCAAUUAGACACUAUAUUGUCUUCAAAUUUAAAAAAAUGUAACUUGUAUCAAACGAAAGGUCAUAAAAAGUUAAAAAAUAUAUAUAUAGUGUGUGUGUGAGUGUGUGUGAGUGUGUGUAGAGAGAGAAGUGAUCCUAUUAAGCACUCCCCCGUCCGA